CAACCUUCGUGAAUCCGUCGAGACACAGUUCAUAAUGUUAACAGUUCACAACCUCUCGACUCUACAAAGGCUUGAUCUCUGACGAACCCUAAAAUUUAUUUGAAUAAUAGGCAUAUGUAUAAAUGUAUAUCUAUGUAUAUGUAAUGGAAUUUGUGAGAUUCAUUAUUUGAAAAUCAUUAUGUGGUUUUGAUGUGGAUGGUGUUAAACGAGAGCUUCUGAUAUGAAUCUAUCAUCAUCUUCAUCAUCGUCUUCUCUCUCAUCUACAUCGUCUUCAACCACUUCUUGGUUAUCUGGAAUUGUUCGUGGCCGUUCCGACAAGUCCGGAGGCGUCAAAAUGACCAACAGCUCCACCGCCGGUGGGGACAGUGUUGGUCCAAUCAAUCGCAAGAAGCAGUUCCAAGGUGUAAUGUUCAAGUACGGUACAAAGCCAAUUCAGGUUGCAUUCAAAACAGGGGAUUAUAAACAGCAAGUCAUUUUUAUUGGGGGAUUGACAGAUGGAUUUUUGGCUACUGAAUAUUUGGAGCCUCUUGCAAUUGCUUUGGAGAAAGAGAAAUGGUCACUAGUCCAAUUUCUGCUUUCAUCUUCUUAUAGUGGCUAUGGUAUCUCGAGCUUGAAAGAGGAUGCCAUGGAGCUUGAUCAAUUGAUUAGUUACUUAAUAAACAAGGAAGAGUCUGAGGGUGUGGUACUGCUUGGGCAUAGUACUGGCUGUCAGGAUAUUGUUCAUUACAUGCGUACAAAUGCUGCAUGCUCUAGAGCAGUUCGUGCAGCUAUUUUUCAGGCACCAGUUAGUGAUCGGGAAUACCAUGCAACUCUUCCUGAAACAGCUGCAAUGAUUGAUUUGGCUUCAAAUUUGAUGAAGGAAGGGCGGGGAUCGGAGUUAAUGCCUAGGGAAGCAGAUCCAAGUGCCCCAAUAACUGCCUAUAGAUAUCACUCCCUUUGUGCAUAUAUGGGGGAUGAUGACAUGUUUAGUUCUGACCUUAGCGAUGACCAGCUGAGAAUGAAACUUGGGCACAUGAUGAACACACCAUGCCAGGUUAUCUUUUCGAUGGCAGAUGAAUAUGUACCAGAUUAUGUUGACAAGAAAGCAUUGGUUGACAGAUUAUGUAGAGCAAUGGGUGGUGCGGAGAAAGUUGAAAUUGAAUGGGGAAAUCAUUCCCUGUCAAACAGAGUUGAAGAAGCUGUCCAGGCCAUAAUAGACUUUGUUAAACGAGAGGGACCUAGUGGGUGGGAUGAUCCAUGGAGCUAAACACUGCCUCCUUGUAUUCUUUCGACCUGAGCUAAGACUGUGCCUCCUUGUAUUCUUUCAACCUUAUCAUGUUCUUCUUUCGCGAUUUUUGUUUGUUUCCAUUUCUCCAUUCAGGUUCUCCUUCCAUAUUCUCCUUUCAAGUAUCUUUUUUAUUUAUUUUUUUAUUUUUUGGCUUGUCCAUGUAUUAUUAGGUUUACACACUCGAGGUAUGGAAUUUUGUUUGUAUGGGUUAAUUGUGUAAUAGAUAAAUUUUUGUGUUGUAUUGUUAAGAGUAAGGUUCUUGCCUCUUUACUUUA